GGCUGCACUCCAUCGGGACUCAGUUUCGAAUGUUUAAUGAACGACCCACAACACGGCAUGGAAGGAAUGAUUCAUUAUGAAAGAGGGCGUAUAUAGGCGUCUGACACUGCUCUUCCUGUUGUUUUGCCCAAACAUCAAUUUCCUCUUCCAAUUCAUCAGCUUCUUUGCUUCCUAGGUCUGUGACCUUGACAUUCGUUGUUACCACACUCAUUCUUUACACUCUUUCAAAGAAGCUAGCUUCUCAUCACACUCUCUACCAACAACCUUUCAACCCAACAACCAACCAUCAAAAUGAAGUCCUACUCCGCCGCUGUUGCCCUCGCUGGCUUCGUCUCCUCCGUCGCCGCUCACGGCUUCAUCUCCUCCCCCUCCCCUCGUCUUCCCGGCGAUGGCCUCAAGGCUGCCUGCGGUGACCAGGUCUACAACCAGCAGAGCUCCGACCACUACGGCAACGUCCAGGGUGCUCUCCAGAACCUGCAGGGCUCCCACCCCGACUGCCGCAUGUGGCAGUGCAAGGGUGUCCCCUUCGCCGACGCCGGUGAGAUCUUCGAGUACACCGCUGGCCAGGUCAUUCCCAUGAAGGUCGAGAUCCGUGCUCCCCACGACGGUGUUGCCAACGUCUCCAUCGUCAGCGUCAAGACUGACAAGGUCAUUGGCGAGCCCCUCAUCAGCUGGGACCAGUACGCUCUCACCUCCUCCCCCAUCUCUGAGCACCCCGACUGGACUUCGUUCGACAUCACUAUGCCCGAUGUCAGCAGCGAGUGCGCCAACAAGGGUGACUGCGUGAUCCAGUGGUACUGGGAUGCCGCCUCCAUCGACCAGACCUAUGAGUCCUGCAUCGACUUUACCAUGGGUGGUGGCUCUGGCUCCGGCAACAGCACUGCUCCCGUCUCCAGCGCUGCCCCCGUCAGCUCUGCUGCCCCCGUCAGCACUGCUGCCCCUGCCUCGUCCGCUGCUCCUACCUCUGCUGCCGCUGAGGCCACUCCUGUCGCUUCCUCCACCGAGGCUGCUACCCCCGUUGCCAGCUCCGCCGCCCCUGCUACCCCUACUGCCACCGGCUCCGCUGGCUCUUCCACCCUUCCUGAGGAGUUCACUAUCGAGCAGUUCAUCUCCUGGCUCGAGGCCAACGCUGGCUCCAGCGCUGUCCAGAAGCUCCGCCGUGCUAUUGCUGCGCGCACUUCGCGCACCCACGCCCGCGCUUUCCGCGGUUAAGUAAAUAGCUUAGGCUUAGACGACCGGUUGUUGAAAAGUUGUAGCGGUGAUGCUUCUAUUCUCUUGUAGAUAUACACUUCAG